AUGCAGGAGGAUGAAUGCACUGUACACAUAGUUGACAGUUUCCUACAUUCUGCCCUGGAAGAAGGAAAAGAGAGGGGCAAUAUUAGUGCUGCUCAAGUGCGAAUCUUGAAGCAAGAAGUAAAUGAUACAGCGGACAUACAAUUCAAAUUGAAAGAUAAUCGCCUGCAGCCACCUCAAUUCUCACAAAACACUAUUCAAGCAAAUAAAAGUUGGUUACAGAUUGCAUUGUCGAAUGAGCAUGGGGUGCAAAAGCAUCAAGAGCCACAUGGACAGAAUGAACUGGAGCUUCCGGGGCUCAAGCCACUGUAUGCAAGGUACCAGAAUGAAUUAGCCAUAUCCCAACUGGAAGAUAUGAUACAUAGGGACAAAGAGUCGUUGGGAACCUGCAGGGGAGAGGGAGAUGAAAGUUUUUCAGCAAGUCAGAUAUCUUAUAAAUACCCUCCUUCAGCAGCCAAAUAA